AUGACUGGUGAACGCACAUAUUCCUGUUCAAAUAUUGAAUAUUUUUCCAAGGAAGAGUAUAGUCCGGAUCCAAAUGAUUCUACAAUGGCUAUACCAUAUGCUGUUACACGAUCGACAAUAUUCAUACUAGCAGCGACAUUAUUGCUAUGUGGUGGAUAUUGUAGUUGUUUGAUUGGACACUUCGUACGCCACCGUCGAUUAUUUACAUUUAUUUCUGGUGUUCUGUUUAUAGUCACAGGUUUAAUAAUGUUAUUCGGCUUAAUAAUGUAUAUAUCGGUAUUUAAAGCAGAAGUUGGUGGAAAAUUACGACCUCGUUCGCAACUCGUACCAGCAAUGUUCACCUAUCAAUAUGGUUAUAGUUUUUUAUUAUACGUAAGUGGUUUUAUAACAACCGAAUUAGCUGGUACAAGUGCAAUAUUUUUAUACAUAUAUUCACAUCAAUGUGAAUGGCGACGAAAAUUUAUCAAAGAUUAUCUACAUCCAAGUGGCCAUCAUAAUACACGUGGCGGUCAUCAUCAUCAUUUACAUCAUAAUCAUCAUCAUUCGACAUCCGGAUCAUCGAAUAGAAAAUACAUAAAUCGUCCAAUACCAGCACCAAGUGCCGCCUCAGCAUUCUAUCAUCUAGAUCAUGUAAUGAUGUAUCAUCCAGCAUGUCAACGGCAUCCUGGUGCAUAUAUUAAUUCAAAUAGUGCUAUACAACAUUUUUAUCCAACACAAAUACCACAAAGACGUUAUUUUUUUAAUAAAGAAACGACGACAAAUAAUUCUGCUGGUCAAUCAUCACAAAUGACAUCACCAUGUAGUAUACAUCGUACGAAUUCAUUAAAAGAUCUAUCAUACGAUUUACCACCGCCUCCACCGCCGUUACCAACAAUCAGUUAUCAAGGAUUCGAUUCAAAUGAUUUUUUACAUUUACAAUCAUCACCAUUUACUGGUCCUGGUGGUGGAGGAGGAAAUAGUGGUCCAGGUGGUGACGGUAACACAACUUUAUUACAUCACUUAAAACUACAGCAACAUCGUACAAUACCACGUGAUAUCACGACAACAAUCGCUGCAGAAAUAACAAGUGAUAAUGAACAGUUUUUAUUAAAUAAUUGUGAUGAUUAUUCACCAAGUAUACAACAUGAAUUUGUAACAUUUGAUUUAGAUGAGCCUCCACCAGCACCCCCACCACCACAACAACGUAGUGAAUACUCGAUUGAUACUUUACGUCGUACGACACCUGUGUAG